AUGCCCUCGUCCGCCCUCGCAUUCACUCCCCUCCACAAACACGCAAAGGCAAAGCCCCCCAUGCCCCCUCCCACCGCCCCCUUCACCACCGAUUCUCCCACCGCAUCCUCCUCCCGCGCAUCGUCCCUCGCUGGUCGCAAGCGCCCCAGAGAGUCAGACGGCGACUCCAAAACUCGACCUCGGCGGACAAAGAGCACAGGGGAUAGCAAAGACGGACGGGCAACCAGUUCUGGAGCAAAGGAUCGGGAGGCCUUCCAGAAGGGGCUCAUCGCUGUCUUUGUCCCGAAAGCGCUCCAGGAGUCCAAGCAGGGCAAUCUAUCGCACUACAACGACCUCCUCGCUCACUUCUUGCCCACGCCUACCCAGCCUAUCCCUCUGCUACCACCGCUGCUCCCGCUUCUGCGAGCUGUAUCUGCGCAUGUCUCCCUUUUGGCCCCAGACGUCCACAGCGGGCUGGUCAGUGCAAUCAUCAGCCUCCCAUGGGCCACCGGCGAUGAAAAGUUUGUAAAGACAUUCAUUGGAUUUGCCGCAGUGCUUGUCAGUGCUCAGCCCGGGUGGGCGAAGGAGGUUGUGGGUAUGGCAGUGAAGGGGUUGACCUGGCAACCGACCCAUCCUACUGCGACGUCUCUGCCACGCAGAACAUUCCACGCCCGGCAUCACCUCCUCCUGUCUCACCUGAUAUCUCUGAUUCCUACGCUCCCGAACGUCAUUCAACCACUUCUCAUCAAAAAUUUCCCAAACAAGCGCGAACCGGAAGUGGCGCAAACGACAUGGGUGAGGAACUGCUGCGAGUUGAUUGGGUAUUGUCCCGAGCUCGGUGGGAGAGUCUGGGGCGAGAUUGUAGGACGGAUGUUGAGAAUAGACGUGGAAAUCACAAAUUCAACAGAGGAUGACGAGGACGACUCUGACGAUGAGAGCGACUCCGAAGACAUGCCACAAUUCCCGAUAGCAUCCCUCGACCCUCUCGACCUACCCAUAUCCCAGGACCUCCCUCGUCCACGCUCUCUAUCCCCCGAUCUCCCUGGUUCCCUAGGCGUCGACGAUGAGGACUCGGAGGGCGACCCCGAUCCCGACGAUUUGUCCUCUGCGGACGGUGCUGAAAGCGGAGAUUCUGAUGACGAGGGCGUGGAUGACAGAAAGGCCGAGGCAGAGAGGCAAAAGAAGAUUGCCAACGUCAAAUCAAUGCGAGAAAAGCUGGACGGCAUGCUCGUGCACUUUUUCCAGCACAUUUCGGAAUACAUGGGCAACAGCUAUCCGCACUUUUCAGCUGUUGACCUCGCUGCUCAAGGGCUGGCUUCUUCUACUCCAUCAGGCAGGUCUACACCCACUUUUGAGGUCCCGGCAUCGCCGUUCGCUCCUCGCCGACCUGUCAGCGAGGCCCAGAGCUUGGCCCAUUUCCAAACCCUGCUCAACCUUUUUUCUCGCCAAAUCCUCCCCACAUCUGCCACCCAACAUAUCCCCUUCCUUCUCUUCUUUACAUCAUCUUUCUCCCCCGCGCACACCGACCUUUUCCUCGGUCUCCUAGUCAGUCAAGCGCUCUACGCCACCAACUCUCAGCCCUCGCCUGCGAUCCCAGGUCUGGGCAAUGUGAGUAUGAACCAGCGUACCGCCGCGACAGUAUACAUCGGCUCCAUCGUCUGUCGUGCGCGUUUCGUCUCCGACUCCCAAGCGCGCACAGUCAUCACCUACCUGCUCGCCUACAUUGACGGUAAACUCCACCAAUCGCGGGUGCUUGCUGGGAAAGGUGUUGAUGAGCUGCCGCUGUUCUAUGCCGUGUGUCAGGCGGUGAUGUUGAUUUUCUGCUUCCGGUGGAAAGCGUUCACGGCUACAGCUGCUGCUGGGGAUGGUGAGGGCGAUGGGAUCGUGGGGGACAUGGAUAUGGAUGGCGAGGAAGGCUUGCAGCCUGGCAGUGGGGAAGAGGGCAAGUGGAUGGCAGACUUGGAUAUUCUGCAGAGAGCCAUCUUCAGCGAUCUGAAUCCUCUUCUCGUACGUCUCACUUCGCUUAACCAGUAUCGACGCUGACAUUAUUACCGCAGGGAUGUAACCCCACAAUCGUCCAGACUUUCGCCAAGGUCGCUCAAAAAGCCCAGUUCGCCUACUGCUUCUCCAUCCUAGGAGCCAACUCUCAAUCCUCCCACUCUCGCUCCAACUCAUCCCACUCAAUCUCUACCACUGCCAAGUCGAGUUUGCCUCCCAAUGGCAGAACUAAUUCGGGAUCUGGGAUGGCACGCAAUUCCGCCGCGAGCGUCGCGGGACAUGCGGCACAAACGUUGCCGAGGCAGGCAAGGCAGGUCAACGUGGAGGCUGGGCUGGACUCGUAUUUCCCCUUUGACCCUUACGAUCUUCCCAAAUCGAAAAAGUUUGUGGAAGGGUUGUAUAGGACAUGGGGGGAAGUCGCCGAGGAUCUUGACUCUGAUUCCGAGGAUGAGUCGGACGAUGAGGAGGAAGAAGAAGAUGAAGAUGAAGAGGAGAUGAAUGGAGAUUCUGAGCUAGAGGAUCACCUUCCUCACCGCGGAUUACCCCUCCCACUCAAAAUUGGGUCGUAUGGAGAUCACAGAAAAAGGGCAUGGGGCGAGAAGAGCAGGGAUAGCGGUCUGAGCACGAGUCUGGAGGGAAUGAGCAUCUCCCCUGGUCGGCUUGGAGUCGAUGCGAGGGGCUAGACUUGUCUAGAGGUGACAGCGAAGUUGUGACAAGUACGAAUUUGUGUA